AUGUUGACCUUGAGACUUGCCGUUCUCACGGGCCUCCUUCUACUUGUCGCCCGUCCAUUCUGGGCGCGAUUCACCCGCCUUUGGUACUUCAAGCGUGUUGCUCUCGGCGGAUUCGAGAGAGAAAACAUUGCGCUCCAUAGAAAACAUGGCCCAAUUGUACGUCUCGCGCCAAACAUGUUUAGCAUCGACUUGCCGGAAUCAGUAAACACAAUCUAUGGCAUCGGUUCAAAAUUGCCAAAGUCAGACUGGUACGACGGAUGGAAGCACCCCAGUCCCGAUGCGUGGACUUUGUUUCCCGACAAGGAUAUCAAGAGGCAUGCUCAGACAAGACGAGUAUUCCAGGGACUUUACAGCAUGUCCAGUCUCGUGAGCUACGAGAAGUAUGUGGACGAAUGCGCAGAUAUCCUGUUAAGUCGCAUGUCUAUUUGUUCGAAAAGACGUGAGCCCAUCAACAUGGGCCACUGGCUCCAAUGCUACGCCUUCGAUGUCAUUGGCAACAUUACCUUUUCCAAGCCUUUCGGAUUCCUUGACCGCGGAGAAGAUGUUUCGGGCAUAUUGCAGGCCUUGAACAAGGUUUUUGCGUAUUCUACUCUGAUUGGCAUUUUCCCUUCUCUGCAUCCUUACAUCUAUGCUGUGACCAGUGCCCUGGGCAUAGGAGGAGCAGCUGGACGCACCUUUCUCAUUCGCUAUGUAAAGGAAAGAAUCUUACAGAGGAAGAUUGAGAGAGAUGUUAAGGACGAAAAGGGCAUAGGAAACGCUCACGGAAUGCCGGAGGAUUUUCUCGAAAAGAUCAUGGUGAAGAAUAAGGAUGCCCCGUCCAAAGUAACCGACUAUCACAUUUUCAUGAUGAGCAUGUCCAACAUCAUUGCAGGCUCAGACACCACCGCCAUCAGCCUCUCCGCAAUUCUAUACUACCUUCUCAAAUAUCCCAAUGUGAUGAGAAAACUACGAGAGGAAAUUAGCCAAUCGACAAAUGGGGACCAAGUCCAUCUAAGCUUCAAAGAAAGCCUAGAAAUGCCAUACUGGCAGGCCGUAAUGAAAGAGGCACUUCGCCUCCAUCCCGCCACAGGCCUUCCUCUGUGGAGAGACGUCACUGAGGGCGGUCUGUAUCUAAACGGGCAAUUCUUUCCCGAGGGCACGACCAUUGGUAUUAAUACCUGGACUGCUCACUACAACGAAGACGUCUUUGGCAAGGAUGCCGCAGUGUUUCGGCCAGAGAGAUGGCUGGACGCAGAAAAAGAAGGAGGUGAUAGAUUGGCUCAGAUGAAUGCAUAUUAUUUCCCAUUUGGUUUGGGAUCGCGAACAUGCAUUGGCCGACACAUCUCUUACUUGGAGAUGUCGAAGCUGAUCCCACUGCUCGUUAAGAACUUUGAUUUCGAGCUGCAAGACCGAGAGAAUGAUUGGAAAACAACAAAUUAUUGGUUUGUGAAACAAGAUAACUUUGACGUUACGGUCAGGCCAAGGGCGGGAGCGUAAGAAUAUUUAAAUACCUAUAAAAGUCUGCGGUACACAGUUAUACAAGAACUACUUGUCCAGAAAUAGUACAAUAUUUACAAAAGCCUCUCUGUAAAAACAAUUAAUGAAAAUUAUAUUAAUCUAAAUGCGCCUCUUCCUUAUGUUUCCCAUUCAUUCCGUUUACUGUAUGUGGGUUUGAUUCCUUUUCUUUCGUUGUCGGAGCAGUCGUCUCGGGCUCCUCCGGAAUCGUGACAAACUUCUUUAGCACUUUUUUCAGGGCUGGCCGCCGUAUGGGCUUGCUCAAAAACUCAUCCAUCCCUGACUCUAUACACUCUUUUACAUUGCUCUCUUCUGAAAAAGCAGUGAGCGCCACAAUGGGCGCGGCGUAGCCCAUCUUGCGAAUAAGCCGUGUUGACUGUAAGCCGUCAACGUUGGGCAUCUGAAUAUCCAUGAAUAUGACAUCGAAACGCUGAUUCUUCUCCAUGCUGGCCUUGACCAGCUCAAAUGCUUCCUGGCCGUCCUUGGCAAUGGCAACGUCAUAGACGUCUUCGAGCUUGAGCAUCCUGCUGACCAC